AUGUCCACCAUAUCCCGUCUCCCCCGCCAUAUCCCGCGAAUCUUCCCCACAUUUCCAGCUGGCUACCACCAGAGCACCUAUUCCAAUUCCUCAAAUCUCAAAAAAUUCCUUCAAAUCUCGGAGGAGGUUCAUGAGGCGCUAGCGUCAAAGACCCCCAUCGUAGCAUUAGAAACGGCCAUUUACACACAUGGUACCUAUUAACUCCCCUCUCCCGCCCACUUUCACAUGGCUGAAAAUCGUAGGCUUCCCAUACCCGGACAACGUGGACCUAGCCGCCAAAGUUGAAGCCGCCAUCCGCGAGGGUGGCGCUGUUCCCGCAACCAUUGGGAUCCUGGAUGGAAUCGCCCGUGUGGGAUUUUCACAGCCGGAAUUGGAGCGCCUAGCAUCCACUGCGGGACAGAAAACCACCGUUAAAGUGUCUCGUCGAGAUCUGCCGUUUGUCGUGGGGAUGGUCUGGUCUCAACCUGGGAACCCUAACCCUGGAUAUACAGUGGGAUCACUAACUCAGCCUUGGAUGUGACGGUAGAGACAUGUAACGGCGCACAACGGCGGGACAACGAUUGCGGGGACCAUGCUACUGGCACAUGCGGCGGGUAUUAAAGUUUUUGCGACCGGAGGGCUAGGAGGAGUGCACAGAGGGUAUCCAAACCCAAUGGAUGUAUCUGCGGACUUGGUAGAGUUGGGGAGGACAAAUGUUGCGGUUAUCUCCUCUGGCUCGAAGGCGUUCUUGGACUUGGAGAACACCUUUGAAGUGUUAGAGACCCAGGGAGUAUUUGUCGGCACGUUUGGUAAGGCCGGGACAGAGGUCAUGGUUCCGGCCUUUUAUUGUCGGGAGAGCAAUAUUAUUAGUCCAAAUAUCCUAGAGAACCCUAGGGACGCUGCCAGCGCUAUAUGCAUGUCCCCUACCGCACUCUUACCAUGCCCCCAGCUGAUAACGAUACUAGACGCAAGCCACAUGAUGGGCUUAACAUCCGGUCAGCUGCUCUGCAACCCCAUCCCCGAAGAAUUCGAAAUUCCGGAAAAGGACAUCAACAGGGUUAUUUCCAAAGCUGUGGAAAAGGCCCGCGAUAGAGGGGUCUUCGGGAAAGAUCAGACGCCCUACAUCCUCAACGAAAUUAAAGAAGUUACAAAGGGCGCCUCGUUAGCAGCGAAUACAGCACUCGUCUUGUGCAAUGCGAGAAUGGGAGCCCAGGUAGCGCAGGAACUUGCGAGACUUGAGAAGGAAGAAGAAGGGUUACAAAUACCUGUUUAUUUGCUUUGUUUUGUUUUAUUCUGUCUUUGCCCCGGAGGUUUCAUGAACUAACGCUCAUGGUGCUGUCUCUCGCAUAGCCCUCCUUCCUCUACUUCCACUUCAAAUUUCAUGCUGCCGGUGACUCCCGCUCCAACCCCUCCGCCUACCCCCAUCAAUCAAUCAUCUACUACCAUCGCAGUCCCAGAAAUCCUAGUAAUUGGCAGCAUAGUAAUAGACCAAACCCUCAAACCCACCGCCAAAAUACUUCAGCUACACACCUCUAACCCAGCAGUAGCCACCGAAACCCUCGGCGGCGUCGGCAAGAACGUCGCUCUGGCAGCACGCCUCGCCGGUGCAAAUGUCCGUCUAGUAUCCGCCAUCGGAAAUGACCUGGCCGGAGCCUGGGCGCUUGAGAAGCUCCGAGCGUUAGGCAUGGACGUUAGUGGCGUGAAGAAGAUUGGCGGAGUCACGGCGAAGUACACCGCGAUCAAUAAUUCCUCCGGGGAACUAUUCGUCGCGGGGGCGGAUAUGCGUGUUUUUGAAAGCGCUGAGAUGAGCACUUUGGCGAGGGAGGAGAUAGCUAAGGGUGUGAAGGUUGUCUGUGUCGACGGGAAUUUGUCAGUGGAGGGAUUGGCGGAGGUGGUUAAAGCUACCGCUAAGCUUGAUAUUCCAUGUUCACCCUCCCGCCCCCGACACACACCCCAGAGAAACAUCUACUGAUGGUGGUGGUGGCGGUGAAUAGUAACGUUUGAACCAACAUCAUCUUCAAAAUCCACCCGCAUCCUCUCACCCACUCUCCCCAUCUACCCUUCUACCUCCGCGAUCUCACUGACGACUCCAAACAUCCACGAACUAGCAGCCAUGUUUACCCACGCUCGUGAAAUCGGAAUGUUUGAGCGGGAGGACUGGUGGCGUGUCAUAGAUAACAUUAAUGCCGAUUCGGCGUUUUUAAAUAGUACCUCCUCCCCCACAACUCAUUUCCUAAUGACUAAUGGACCGCAGGUGUAGCCCAACUCUCCACCCGCUUAAAUACAAACCUGCUAGAAGGCGGGAUAAUCCAGUCCGCGGUACACCUGUCGCCGUACUUUCCCAGGAUCAUGGUUAAGCUCGGUGCCGACGGGGUUGUACUUGUGCAGCUUCUUCCACCAGCGGCUUCCUCCCCCUCUGCAGCGCCACCACCCGAAGCAAUUGUCUCCCAGGGCACGGGUGCUGUGGCAGGAAUCAUGGUGAAGCAUUUCCCGGCAGAGGUGAUUUCACAGGAGGAUGUCGUGAGUGUUAAUGGUGCGGGUGAUACGUUUACGGGAGUCGUCUUGGCGGGGCUGGUGAAGAUGGGGAUUAGUGGGGUGCAUGUCGGGGAGGUCAUCGACAGGGCGCAGAAGGCGGCGGGGUUGACGCUGAGGAGUCCUGAGAGUGUGAGCGGGAGGGUGAUUGAGGUUGGGUGGCGGUAGCAUGGGUACCCAGAGUGAUGUAUCUGGAGGAUCAUAAGAACCGAGUGAUUUGUGGUGAUUGCUUGUGAACUCAGAGCCAGGUGGUUGCAGGCUGUCCAAUAGAUGAUAAUAGUGGCUCCAUAUUGGGCCCAAAUAUAGUUACCGGUAGUUUCC